UCCCUCUGUUCCUCUUGCAAACCACAUACAUCAUGUCGUCGUCGAUUGCAAUCCCGAUGACCCCGUCGUCGGCCAACACAUAUCACCACCACCAGUCACCCCAGGUCCGGGGUGGUGCUAGCUCCUCCUCUUCGACGUACUCCAGUUCGCCUCGAACAUCUUCCCCAACUUCCGCUCAGAAGCGAAAGAUGGUUCACGAACGUCGUCCCAGCCUUCUCAGCUCCGCCUUGUCGAAGCAGGAAAGCACCGUUAUCAACAUCGGCGAACCGAACGGAACUCCCCGCCUUAUCACCUACCUCUCCUCCAGUCAGGGCUUUGCGUGGAACCCAGAGAUCUUCCUGCCGUCGUAUGUCGAUUGCGACUACACCCCGCUCGAGAAUAGACGGGAGCCCGUACACGAGAUUGUCCUCAGCGAUGAGGAGAUCAACAACAUGUUCCCUCAAUAACGGCGUCCUCCAGAGGCGGCCAUGACGCUCGCUACACAUGAAAUCUACGUCCUGAGCGCUUAGACCGACGAUUCUCACGAGACACAUUUUCUUUCCACAUCACGGCGUCCGGCCACGACCUGUACCCCCUCCGACUCUUUUACACUAUUUUAUCAGACUGCUUUACGAACGAACCACCACGGCGGAUGGGCCCAUGUUCGAACCGGACACGGACGAGCAUGGGAAUACACUGAGUGGAGACACAGUACAUCCCGCAUCUCCUUCAUCUUGACAUUGAGGCGCUAUUAGUUGCACCGGCCUUUGGGAAACAUCGGG